AUGCCCUUGCGUCAGUUCCGAGCUCCUUCCAUUCAUACAGCAGCUCCUCAUGAAGCGAGAGACUUGGCGAGUCAGGGCUGCUGCAAAAGUCUUGUCUCAAUGGACACGAUGGAUGCGUCCCUCAAGCUGGACGUGGCACUCCUGGACAACAGUCUCGUCAAACCAAGACCACCUCACUCCGUACCGAUGUAUUCAUAG